CAAACAGAAACACAUGCGUGAUCAAUAAGCCAUUUUUCCUUUCUUUCUUCACUUCAAUCUCUUCACAUUUCACACGCGCACGCACAAAGUUCCAAUCUUUCGUUUCAUUUCCAAACCCUAGAUCUUAAUCACUCGCCCCAUCUUUACGGCACCAUUCAAGUCCUCCUUCCUUUCUUUCCCUACUACUACUCAACUCAACACUCACAUAGCCCUCCCUAACUUCCCCACCCCUACUACCCAUUUUUGUCCAGAUCUGCUUAAUUCUCACUGAUAAUUCUCCUAAACCCACUUCCAAUUUCUUGUCCCAGCUCCUUGAUUCUCAUCAAUUUGGCUAAUUUUCGUCGGAUCGGUACAUAAUUUGAAUAAUUUAAAACAAACCCAUUACGUUUUUUUUCAUUGUUUCACUGAAUUUUGCAUUAUUUAUCAUCUGGGCACUCGUAAUUUCGACGAAUAUUUUGGUAUUUAAGCUGAAUUUUGCUAGAUUUGGUGUUAAAUUUUCUGGGAUACGCUUGAAUUUUUGUUUAAUUGGAUCUGAGGAAAGAACGUGAAUGCUCCCUUGAGUAUGCUUUAUUAUAGUUCUAGUUGGUAGUAGUAAAAUUCUUUUUCCGGUCACUGGUUUCUCAUGGCAAUGCCAUCGGGAAAUGUGAUGCUAUCGGACAAAAUGCAGUUUCCGAGCGGCGCUAGCGCCGGCACCGGUGGUGCCGAGAUCCACAGGCAGUGGUUUCCGGACGAGCGUGAUGGGUUUAUCUCCUGGUUACGUGGGGAGUUCGCAGCGGCCAACGCGAUGAUCGACUCCCUUUGUCACCAUUUGCGAGCCGUGGGAGAGCCUGGGGAAUACGACGUCGUUAUCGGGUGCAUUCAGCAGAGGCGGUGUAAUUGGAACCCGGUGCUUCAUAUGCAGCAAUACUUCUCGGUGGCGGAGGUGAUGUACGCGCUUCAGCAGGUGGCGUGGAGGAAGCAGCAGAGGCACUUUGAUCCGGUGAAAAUGGGGACGAAGAGAUCAGCUACAGGUACUGGUACAGGGUUUAAGCAUGGAGUCCAUAGGAAUGAUGCUGUUAAAGAUGGACAUAAUUCGACCGUAGAAUAUAAUAAUUCCUUUGAUGGGAAUUCUUCGAGUAAUUUGGGUGAGCGAGUGACGUCGAGUGAAGAAGUAAAGUCUGGAAAUGAAACUGAGAAUUUGGAUGAGAACGAGAAGGCUUUAGCGCCUGCUGCUGAGGAUAAAAAAGAAUCUGUAACAAAGAAUCAUGAAGAUUGCACCUUAAAAAGUUCUGGGAAUUCUGAAGGAGCCAUAUCUGGAAAUUCAGAAUCAGAUGUUGUUAUAGAUAAUGGAUGCACCUCAAGUUCUAAAGAAAAUGAUUCACAUUCCAUCCCAAACCAGAAUGAGAAUUCAAGUCUUACUAAUCCUCCAAAAACCUUUUUUGGUAAUGAGAUGUUCGACGGAAAGAUGGUAAAUCUGGUUGAAGGACUGAAAUUGUAUGAAGAUUUCUAUCCCAACAAUGAAGUGCCGAAACUCAUUUCAUUGGCAAAUGAUCUGAGGGCUGCUGGAAAAAAAGGACAUUUUCAAGGUCAGAUAUAUGUUGCCCUAAAGAGGCCCAUGAAGGGACAUGGAAGAGAAAUGAUUCAAUUGGGUCUUCCCAUUGCAGAUGCUCCAUUUGAAGAUGAAAUCCAUGCAGGGACCUCAAAAGAACGGCGAAUAGAACCUUUUCAUCCCUUGCUGCAGGAUGUUAUUGAGCGCUUACUGAGCAUGCAAGUUACAACUGUGAAGCCAGAUUCUUGCAUUAUUGAUUUCUUUAACGAGGGUGAUCACUCACAGCCUCACACAUGGCCACCUUGGUUUGGAAGGCCUAUUUGCGUUCUAUUCUUGACAGAAUGUGAGAUGACUUUUGGGAGAGUAAUAACAAUAGAACAUCCCGGGGAUUAUAAAGGCACACUUCGACUUUCUCUUAAACCUGGAUCCCUCCUUUCGAUGACAGGAAAGUCUGCAGAUUUUGCGAAACAUGCAAUUCCUUCUAUUCGCAAACAGCGCAUAAUUGUUACAUUCACCAAGUCUCAACCAAAGAAAUCCUUGCCAAAUGAUGGUCAGCGUAUGCCUUCAACCGGGGUGGUUCCAUCUUCUCAUUGGGUUCCACCAUCCAAUAGAUCUCCAAAUCACAUUCGCCAUUCUGGUCCUAAGCACUAUGCACCAGUUGCAACCACCGGUGUUUUGCCAGCACCAGCUAUUCGUCCCCAAAUACCACCUCCAAACAGUAUGCAGCCGCUGUUUGUAACUGCUUCCAUUGCACCAGCCAUGCCUUUUCCUGCAACUGUUACCAUUCCGCCUGGCACAAGUGGAUGGGCAGCUGCUCCACCAAGGCAUCCUCCACCUCGCUUGCCUGUUCCCGGCACUGGAGUUUUCCUCCCUCCAUCGGGCUCUGGUAACUCAUCAACCCCUCAACAUGUACCGAGCAACGAAACAAACCAUGCUGCUGAGACCGUUUCCCCACCAGAAAAAGAAAAUGGAACAGGGAAACCGAGCCAUGGUUCAGUUGCUUCUCCAAAGGGAAAAGUAGACGGAAAAACUCAGAAACGUGAAUGCAACGGAAGCGUUGAUGGGACUGAAAGUGAAAAUUCAGGGACAAAGGAGGACAGUACAGAAAUGAGCAAGUCGACUGCAGCAGUUUAGAGAGGGACAUAUGAAUAUAUAUAUAGAGAGAGAGAUAGAGAAAGAGUGAGGGAAAGAAAGAGAGAUUGAGAGGAUUAAUUCUUGGAAGGAAAUAGGCUGCGAAGUGCAAUGAGUUGGAAGCAAAUGUAAAGAGCGGCAACAUUCAAGACUUUUGACAUGAGAUCAUAUGAACAAGAGGAAUGGGGAGACUUUUUAGAGGGAACUUUGAGUUCUCGUUGAAAUCCCUCGUCCUCUGUUCCUUUUUUUCUUUUUUUUUUUGGUUGUUCAAUUAUAUCAACUCUUACUAUAGGUCGAAAGCACAACCUUAAUUUAAUCUUUUUUCGCUCAGAAAAUUUUAUGAUCUCCAAUCCUUCUCCCCCA